UCUUCAGACACUGAUUUGCAGAAGAUUGUGGAGCACAGAGGAGCAGCUGAGGGUCUUCAGUGUGUUUCUCCUCUUCUCUAAACUCAGCAAGUCAUCUUUAACCUUCUGGAUGUCCAAGCCUUUCACCUUAAACUUCAAGCUUUACAUUUUCUGCCUGAUAAGGGAUCAGCCUCUCCCCCGUUGGGAUUUUAGGGAGCUGGGGAGCUGAACUCCCUCUCUGGCCAGCAUGGCAAAGGUUAGAGCCCUUUUAACUGUGUGCCACUUGGUGCUAGAAUUGUUACUGAAUUCAUUGACUGAGUCUUCCAUGCAGAGCAGUGAAUGUCCCCAGCUCUGUGUCUGUGAAAUCAGGCCCUGGUUCACACCACAGUCCACGUACAGGGAAGCCACGACAGUCGACUGCAACGACCUCCGACUGACAAAGAUCCCCAGCAACCUCUCCAGCGACACCCAAGUCCUGCUGCUACAGAGCAACAACAUUGCAAAGACCACAGACGAGCUCCAGCAGCUCUUUAAUUUAACAGAGUUGGAUUUUUCACAAAACAACUUCACAAGCAUCAAAGACGUGGGACUCUCAAAUCUCACCCAACUCACCACUUUGCACCUGGAGGAGAACCAGAUCACGGAGAUGACCGACUACUGCCUGCAGGACCUCUGCAACCUCCAGGAGCUCUACAUAAAUCACAACCAGAUCAGCAGCAUCUCUGCAAAUGCAUUCUCUGGCCUGAAGAAUCUGCUGAGAUUACACCUCAACUCCAACAAAUUAAAGGUCAUUGACAGCCGUUGGUUUGAUUCGACUCCCAACCUAGAGAUUCUCAUGAUUGGAGAAAACCCAGUGAUUGGAAUACUGGAUAUGAAUUUCAAGCCGCUCUCAAAUUUAAGGAGUCUGGUUCUGGCAGGGAUGUACCUCACAGACAUUCCUGGCAAUGCCUUGGUAGGUUUGGAUAGUCUUGAAAGUCUUUCCUUCUAUGACAACAAACUGGUAAAAGUUCCUCAGCUUGCACUUGAGAAAGUUCCCAAUUUAAAAUUCCUGGACCUCAACAAAAACCCGAUUCAUAAAAUUCAAGAAGGGGAUUUUAAAAACAUGCUCAGAUUGAAAGAGCUUGGGAUCAACAACAUGGGAGAACUGGUUUCCGUCGACAGGUACGCGCUGGACAACCUGCCCGAGCUCACAAAGCUGGAGGCCACCAACAACCCCAAGCUGUCCUACAUCCACCGCUCAGCAUUCCGCAACGUGCCCGCCCUGGAGAGCCUCAUGCUCAACAACAAUGCCUUGAAUGCAGUCUACCAAAAGACCGUGGAGUCCCUCCCAAACCUGCGCGAGAUCAGCAUCCACAGCAACCCCCUCCGGUGCGACUGCGUCAUCCACUGGAUCAACUCCAACAAAACCAACAUCCGCUUCAUGGAGCCCCUCUCCAUGUUCUGUGCCAUGCCUCCGGAAUACCGGGGCCAGCAGGUGAAGGAAGUGCUAAUACAGGAUUCCACCGAACAGUGUCUUCCAAUGAUCUCCCACGAGACCUUCCCCAAUCACCUCAACCUGGACAUCGGCAUGACGGUGUUCUUGGAUUGUCGGGCCAUGGCAGAACCGGAGCCAGAAAUUUACUGGGUCACUCCUCUGGGCAAUAAAGUCACCGUGGAAAGCCUCUCUGACAAAUACAAGCUGAGCAGCGAGGGCACCUUGGAAAUCUCCAACAUCCAGGUGGAAGACUCCGGGAGAUACACCUGUGUUGCUCAGAACAUAGAAGGGGCUGACACGAGGGUCGCCACCAUCCGGGUGAACGGGACGCUCCUGGAUGGGACCCAGGUCCUGAAAAUCUACGUCAAACAAGCCGAGUCACAUUCCAUCCUGGUCUCCUGGAAGGUCAAUUCCAACGUCAUGACUUCCAAUUUGAAAUGGUCGUCGGCCACGAUGAAGAUUGACAACCCCCACAUCACGUACACCGCCAGGGUGCCGGUGGACGUCCACGAGUACAACCUCACACAUCUGCAGCCCUCCACGGACUACGAGGUGUGUCUGACCGUGUCCAACAUCCACCAGCAGACACAGAGAUCCUGCGUCAACGUCACGACGAAGAACGCGGCCUUCGCGCUGGACAUCUCCGACCAGGAGACCAGCACGGCCCUGGCGGCCGUCAUGGGCUCCAUGUUCGCCGUCAUCAGCCUCGCCUCCGUCUCCGUUUAUGUUGCAAAAAGGUUCAAGAGAAAAAACUACCACCACUCACUGAAAAAAUAUAUGCAAAAGACCUCCUCAAUCCCCCUGAACGAGCUCUACCCUCCCCUUAUUAACCUCUGGGAAGGGGACAGCGAAAAGGACAAGGACGGCUCUGCGGAGACCAAGCCGACCCAAGUGGACACAUCCAGAAGCUAUUACAUGUGGUAACUCAGAGGAUAUUUUGCUUCUGGUAGUAAGGAGCACAAAGACUUUUUUGCUUUAUUCUGCAAAAACGACGAGUUGAAGACUUUUGUAUUUUUGCCUUUGCUGGUGCGUGGCAGAGCGGAGGGACAGGUGGAUAUUUCAGGAGUUUUUUGUACAGCGUAUCGCAGCGGUCGGACCCAAAUGGCAGCUUCACCCGCCUUCCAAUUCUCCGGUAUUUUAUAUUAUUUUCUU